GAGGAGGGGGCGGGGAGGGAAACGGAGGCUGGCGAGCUCUAGGCCGGCCGGUGGUGGCGGCGGCAAGGCCUGGACUCGGGCUGAGGGCCUGCUGGGACAGCAGCGGCGGACGCCGGGCUCAGCAGCGGUUUCUCUGGAAACCCCCCUGGUAAGUGUGGAGGAGGCGGGACACUCUGACCCAAGACUAAAGGCCUGUAGCUCCAGCCAAAGAAAAUAAACCUUAGGAGGGAGAAGGAAAAAAAAAAAAAAAAAAUCCAUCAGCUGUUCCUGAGAACAGCCUGCAGUGGAAUCUACAAAGGACAACUAAUGUGAGUGAGGAAGUGACUGUAUGUGGACUGUGGAGACAGGAAGUCACGUGGGCCCGGAGGGCCUGGACUGGGUUAGGAACAGUUGUACUUUCAGCGGUGUGGUGUCACGAAGGGAAAAGUGAAUGUGGUCUGGAGAGUGGCCUUGGCUCCAAGGGCUGUGCUUUCCUCUGAGGCCAUCAGGGAGCUCGGCCCCUGUGUUCCCCAGGGGUGGGGUCCGGGGUUUGGCCCUGAGGGGGGUAACUUGCUGGCUGGAGCAGCAGAGCAGUGGCCUUGAUUUGUCUUUUGGAAGAUUUAAAAACCAGAAAGCAUAAACAUUCUGGUCCUUCAGCAAUGCUUUCUCUGAAGAAAUACUUAACGGAAGGACUCCUCCAGUUCACCAUUCUGCUCAGUUUGAUUGGGGUGCGGGUGGACGUGGAUACUUACCUGACCUCACAGCUCCCCCCGCUCCGGGAGAUCAUCCUGGGGCCCAGUUCUGCCUAUACUCAGACCCAGUUCCACAACCUGAGGAAUACCUUGGAUGGCUAUGGUAUCCACCCCAAGAGCAUAGACCUGGACAAUUACUUCACUGCCCGGCGGCUCCUCAGUCAGGUGAGGGCCCUGGACAGGUUCCAGGUGCCCACCACUGAGGUUAACGCCUGGCUGGUCCACCGGGAUCCGGAGGGGUCAGUCUCUGGCAGCCAGCCCAGCUCAGGCCUCGCCCUCGAGAGUUCCAGUGGUCUCCAAGAUGUGACAGGCCCAGACAACGGGGUGCGAGAGAGCGAAACGGAGCAGGGAUUCAGUGAAGAUUUGGAGGAUUUGGGAGCUGUAGCCCCUCCAGUCAGUGGAGACUUAACCAAAGAGGAUAUAGAUCUGAUUGACAUCCUUUGGCGACAGGAUAUUGACCUGGGGGCUGGGCGUGAGAUUUUUGACUACAGUCAUCGCCAGAAAGAGCAGGAUGUGGAUAAGGAACUGCAAGAUGGAGCAGAGCAGGAGGACACCUGGCCAGGCGAGGGUGCAGAAGCUCUGGCACAAAACCUGCUAGUGGAUGGAGAGACUGGGGAGAGCUUCCCUGCACAGGUGCCUGGUGGGGAGGACCAGACAGCCCUGUCCCUGGAAGAGUGCCUUAGGCUGCUGGAGGCCACCUGCCCCUUUGGGGAGAAUGCCGAGUUUCCCACAGACAUUUCCAGCAUAACAGAAGCAGUGCCUAGUGAGAGUGAGCCCCCAGGUCUUCAAAACAACCUUUUGUCUCCUCUCCUGACGGGGACAGAGUCUCCAUUUGAUUUGGAACAGCAGUGGCAAGAUCUGAUGUCCAUCAUGGAAAUGCAGGCCAUGGAAGUGAACACGUCAACGAGCGAAAUCCUGUACAACGCCCCUCCUGGAGACCCGCUGAGCACCAACUACAGCCUUGCCCCCAACACUCCCAUCAACCAGAAUGUCAGCCUGCAUCAGGCGUCCCUGGGGGGCUGCAGCCAGGACUUCUCCCUCUUCAGCCCCGAGGUGGAGAGCCUGCCUGUGGCCAGCAGCUCCACGCUGCUCCCGCUGGCCCCCAGCAACUCCACCAGCCUCAACUCCACCUUCGGCUCCACCAACCUAGCGGGGCUCUUCUUUCCACCCCAGCUCAACGGCACGGCCAACGACACCACGGGCCCCGAGCUGCCUGACCCCCUGGGGGGUCUCUUAGAUGAAGCCAUGCUGGACGAGAUCAGCCUGAUGGACCUGGCCAUCGAAGAAGGCUUCAACCCCGUGCAGGCCUCCCAGCUCGAAGAGGAGUUUGACUCCGACUCAGGCCUCUCCUUGGACUCCAGCCACAGCCCCUCCUCCCUGAGCAGCUCGGAAGGCAGUUCCUCCUCGUCCUCGUCCUCGUCCUCGUCGUCCUCGUCCUCCUCCUCGUCCGCUUCUUCCUCCGCCUCUUCCUCCUUUUCCGAGGAAGGCGCCGUGGGCUACAGCUCUGACUCUGAGACCCUGGAUCUGGAAGAGGCCGAGGGCGCCGUGGGCUACCAGCCCGAGUAUUCCAAGUUCUGCCGCAUGAGCUACCAGGACCCGUCCCAGCUCUCGUGCCUGCCCUACCUGGAGCACGUGGGCCACAACCACACGUACAACAUGGCGCCCAGCGCCCUGGACGCCGCCGACCUGCCGCCGCCCGGCGCCCUCAAGAAGGGCAGCAAGGAGAAGCAGGCCGACUUCCUGGACAAGCAGAUGAGCCGGGACGAGCACCGGGCCCGCGCCAUGAAGAUCCCCUUCACCAACGACAAGAUCAUCAACCUGCCGGUGGAGGAGUUCAACGAGCUGCUGUCCAAGUACCAGCUGAGCGAGGCGCAGCUCAGCCUCAUCCGCGACAUCCGGCGGCGCGGCAAGAACAAGAUGGCGGCGCAGAACUGCCGCAAGCGCAAGCUGGACACCAUCCUCAACCUGGAGCGGGACGUGGAGGACCUGCAGCGCGACAAGGCCCGCCUGCUGCGGGAGAAGGUGGAGUUCCUCCGCUCGCUGCGGCAGAUGAAGCAGAAGGUCCAGAGCCUGUACCAGGAGGUGUUCGGGCGGCUGCGGGAUGAGAACGGGCGGCCCUACUCGCCCAGCCAGUACGCGCUCCAGUACGCGGGCGACGGCAGCGUCCUCCUCAUUCCCCGCACCCUGGCCGACCAGCAGGCGCGGCGGCAGGAGAGGAAGCCGAAGGACCGGAGGAAGUGAGCCCGGGCAGCCGGGGGGGUUGACGCUCACCGAGACGGAAACUGGAGAAGGGCUGGGCCUGGACCUGGACCUCGAGCGGGGACUUCAAUGCCUUCUUAUCCAAUAGAUCUUCUCAGAUGGGAUGACUGCGGGUCAGUGGACAGGACGAGGCGGGCGCGGGCGCUGUCUGGCUCAGCUUCCCCCGCUGAGGGUGGGGGGUGGAAGUGGCCAGACCGUUUGGGGGGACAGGGUCCUCACCCCGACCCCUUUCCUUCGGGGGAAGGGUGUUGCUGGCAUUGCUGGCGGCUGACACGGGGGAAGGAAGGGGACUUGGGAGAAGAAAGUGGUAGGAAGUCUCAUUCCUGGAAGGGAGGAAGGAGGGGAGGGAAAAAAGCCCCCAAAAAAUCAAAGCAGGAAGAAAGUCAACAGGCAGGUUCCGUUGGCUCUGGCCACGAUUCCAGGCAGCGGGUUUUAGGUGGGACUAGGUCAUUGGUGUGAGGAAAGCCCACUCCCCCCCGCGGGGAGGGUGGGCCGUGGAGUGGGUCCUGGAGGGGCCUGUGAACUCUGCUCUUGCACUUGGGCAUCCCUGAAGGGGGCGCUCUUAGAUCUCGGUCCUGUGAGGUUUCGGUCAGAGAGGAGCCACUGGGGACCCCACCCGGGCUUGGAGGGUUAGGAUCAAAGGGUAGAGAAACGGGAAAGGGUCGCGAGGCCCUGGGUUGCAGCAGCCCCAACACCAAGCAUGUCACUCACUGCCCUGCCAUCCGUCUUCCUCUGUGCCCAGUCACCCCUGAGCCGAGGCUCCCACGUCUCCGUCAGAGCCUGCAUGCGACUGCUGUUCUCUUCCCGCCGCCCCGUGUCCCCGCCACCCUGUGUCCCCGCCCCUCACUGGCUGCCUGGAGCUCUUCUGCAGCUGGGGUGUUGGUGGUGCCCCCAGUGCUGGGCCUGCAGCCUCCCGGGGCUGCUCUGAGGCGGGGGGUGAUGUGGAGAAGCCAGGCAGUAUUCAGCACAACCCUGGGGAGAGACCCUUCCCUCAGGCCUCCCCUGCCAACCUCUGGGCUUGUCACUGGAAAGAUUAAAAGGAAACCGACAACACCCAGCAGCAACAAAAACUAGUCCUCGUAGAGUUUCUUGCGCUUUGAUUUUUUUAGGGCUUGAGCCCUGUUUUCACUCAUAGGGUCUAGAAUAAUUGUGUCGAGUAAAAAGGAGAUACCCCAAUAUUCAAAGCUGCUAAAUGUUCUCUUUGCCAUAAAGACUCCGUGUAACCGUGUGAA